AUGCCAGCAGUCCUGAUUCUCCUGACCUUUCUUCUGCCUCUUGGAGCCAGUGCUGAGGAGAUCAUCGGAGGACAUGAGGCCAAGCCACACUCCCGCCCCUACAUGACAUUAAUUGAAUCUCUGCAUGUUGAUGGUAAUAGCAGUCUCUGUGGAGGGUUCCUGGUGCGGAACAACUUUGUGCUGACAGCUGCUCACUGCCUGGGAAGCUCAAUGACAGUCGUUCUGGGGGUCCACAACAUCGAAGCACAGGAGGAGACCUGGCAAAUCAUCCCUGUGAAAAAAGCCAUUCCUCACCCAGCCUAUAAUAAUAGUCACUUGUCCAAUGACAUCAUGCUCUUAAAGCUGGAGAAGAAGGCCAACGUGACUAAAGCUGUGAGGCCACUCAAGCUGCCCAGGCGCAAGGUCCCUGUGAAGCCAGGGGAUGUGUGCUCUGUGGCUGGUUGGGGAAUGAUGGCCCCGAAUGGCACCGAUGCAGACACACUACAAGAGGUGGAGCUGACAGUACAGAAGGAUCAGUUGUGUGAGACCCGCUACCAACAUUAUUACAACAAAGCCAAUGAGAUAUGUGUGGGAGACCCAAAGAUCAGGCAUGCUUCCUUUUAUGGGGAUUCUGGAGGACCUCUCCUCUGUAACAAAGUGGUCACAGGCAUCGUCUCCCAUGGGCAUCCGGAUGGUUCAGCACCAAGAGUCUUCACCAGAGUGUCAAGUUUCCUAUCCUGGAUAAAGAAAACAAUGAAACGCAGCUAA